CUGAGUGUGCAAGGCUGCUGGGUAAAUGAAGUGGCCCAGGUCCAGGGGGCCCAGCCCUAUAAAAACACAAGCGAGGGUCUCUACCCCGUCAUUGAUUUUACUGGAUCUGUCCCCCAUCAGUACCGUCUAGUAACCUUGAGGGGCAUCGCAGCAGCAGCCAUGAACACUCAACAGAUGGAGCAGAUGGGUCAGUUCAAGAUCACUGUCUGGGAGGAGGAGAACUUCCAGGGGAAACGUUGUGAGUUUAUGCUGGAGUGCCAGAACAUCAUGGAGAGGGGCUUCAACAAGAUUCGCUCCAUUAAGGUUGAGAACGGACCCUGGGUGGGUUAUGAGUACCCAGAAUUCCAGGGGCAGCAGUUUAUUCUGGAGAAGGGAGACUACCCUCGCUAUGAGGCCUGGAGUGGAAACAGCAGCUACAGGACCGAGCACAUUCUGUCCUUCAGACCCAUCAAGUGUGCUAACCACAGCGACAGCAAGGUGACUCUGUAUGAGUGUGAGGACUUCCAGGGCCGUAAGUUUGAGAUGUGUGACGACUACCCCUCCCUACAGGCCAUGGGCUGGUGCACCAAGGAGGUGCCUUCUAUUAAAGUCAACUCCGGAGCCUGGGUUGCCUACCAGUUCCCCGGUUACCGAGGCUACCAGUACAUCCUGGAGAGAGACAGACACCAAGGCGAGUACAGAAACUACAACGAGUACAGCACCCAGGCUCACACCAACCAGGUGCAGUCCAUUCGUAGGAUCCAGCACUAAGUCCGACUCAACCUGAAAAACUGACUCCUUUCCUCAUCUCCAACCUGGACUGACCAUCGACACAGAACAGUAAAUGGACUCAGUCUUUCUAUCGCACUGUGGCUCUACACGUAUGGAUAUCUGAGUACACUUCUUUUACCAUGCUCAAGUCUGUUUAUGGAAAUAGGAAAUAAAGGCUUUUCUUCAAAACUCUA